GUUCAGUAAGAACCUACUGCCAAGAGAACAACAUUAGGAAAGGAGGUCCUCUUGUUAGAGAAGAGGACCUUAAUGUGGCAGUAGGUGGAGCAGUUGAACAGGUUGGACCAUCUUUUGGGCGAAAAAUGAUGACCGGAUACUUGGCAUCACAGGGCAUGCACGUGUCAGAAGUGAGGGUGGGACAGGCUCUUCGGGAAACACAUGUUCCAUACCACCAAGCGAGACAAAGUUUACGACGCUUUAAUCGCAAUUGUUGGAGCUAGGAACCUGAACCCAAUUCCGUACUAUGCGGAAUACUUUGGACAUAAGCUUCACAUGGACCAAAAUGAGAAGCUUGCCAUGUUUGGUGUGACCCAUGUACUUGCCAUUGACGGGUUCAGCAGCAAAAUUGUUGGUUCCAAAACAAUGGCUGUGAAAAACAACCUACUUAUUUAUGAUUGCGUAUAUCGGCCGGCUGUUCUGAAGUAUGGCAUGUGGGAUCAGGUUAGGAAUGACCAUGGUACAGAGUUCUACCUCUGCCUGUACAUGCAGGAACGAAAUGCAGCACAGCGAAGUAAUACAGCCAGAAUGCCGUACAUACAGUCACAGUCAAAACGAGAAAGUUUCCUUUUCAAUUGAAUAAUUAUUGUUAUGGAUGUUACAUAUUGUGAAGAAAUAUGUUAAAGGGACAUUACUGUGUUAUACUGAAUAC